AUGAAGAAGCAUUACACUGGUGAGAUAUAUGGAAAGAAUAUGUGGCCUGCUGCUAGGUCCUACACCACAAGGAAGUACAAAUAUUUCAUGGACAAGGUUCUAGCAGCAAGCCCAGAUGUAGAGAAGUGGCUCAAAGCUCACUACAGCUUCAAAUGGUCUAGAUGUCAGUUCAGUGAAGAAAUCGAAGUAGACUAUAUCAAUAACAAUCUGGCAAAGUGUUCAAACAGUUGGAUCAAAGAACUAAAGGACUUACCUGUUCACUACUUGGUUGAUGCAAUUAGAGAGAAGUGUGUAGUGUUAUUUGAAAAGAGGAGAAGGAUCUUAAUGGCUCUGAAUGGUAACACUCUACCUGCUGUUGUGCACCAGCUCAAUGCUGCUUCACAUGGCCUUGGGCACCUUAAAGUAACUAAGGGCCACCCUGACCAAUCUGAAGUGACUGAGGUUUACAAAGAUGAGGAAAUGAGAAGGCAUGUGGUGUAUGUUCUAGAGCACCAAUGCACCUGCAGAGAAUGGCAAGUCACAGGCAAGCCAUGCCCACAUGCCUUAGCUGUCAUCACAUCAACCAGAAGCCAUGACAUGGAGAGUUAUAUAGACAAGGCUUACUCUGUGGAGAAGUUCAAGGCUGCAUAUGUUGGGGUCAUACCAAACAUCACAGAUAGGCACCAAUGGCCAGUUGUAGAGAAGGGUUUCAAAUUGUUGCCACCAAGUGGCAAGAAGAGAGGGGUUGGAAGACAGAGGAAGAACAGAAUCCCAGGCUUCUUAGAGAGGAGUGGAAAGCCCACUAAACAGGUCAAGUGCAAGGGUUGUGGGGAGAAGAGGACUAAGAAGAACAAGGCAAAGCCAGGCAGGAAGAAGUCCAAGGGAGAACCCUCUCAGCCACAGCCACAGCCACAGCCACCUGUGUAUGGUACCCCUAGGACGAGGGCAGCCGCAGCUAGAGAAGCAGCAGCUGCAGCUGCUACUGAAAAAGAGGUUCUUGAAGCUGCAGCACUAGCUGAGAAGCAAUCUCAAGCAAAGAGGUUAGCAAUGUCAUAG